GCCAGCCAAGGACAUCUGGAGUCACUAAUCAUGCAUGCCGUCAUGAUUCCAAAUGUCUCCCUCCUUGUUCAUCUACACAGCUAGCGACCUCCCUCAAAGAUCUCCUUGUCGGCCCCCACGGCCGCGCCCAUCACCAAGAGAUGUCCACAUCACCCAACCUCACCAGGUAGCCGUCGACCAUGGCACAAGAGCCCCAGCUAGCCUACAGCCCAGCCAAGGCAUCCAACGUCCUCGCCCAGACGACGGCCUUCCACGCCAGCCCAGAAGCCUUCAUAGCGUCCUGCGUCCGUGAUUUUCAAUCUCGCGCCCCCGACGUCGUCAAGUCGCGGACGGCCGUCCACGCCAAGGUGCUCAACAGAAAUGUGGCCGUCAUCUCGUCGCAUGCCCAGGUCAAGCAUAUCCUCGCACGGCCUGACACCAAGGAUGACAAGGAUGCGGACAAUCCCUCCCUCGUGGCCACGGGUGCCUAUAAGCAGUUCCUCGCGGAUUUCUUCCCUGGACCUAAUCUGCUGCUCUCGGAUGGCGUCGCUCAUUCCGACAUGCGCGAGGCCUGGGCGCAGCGGAUGGAGGGCCAGGAGGCGCGCAUGCGUCCGUUUAUCCGGCAGGCGGCGACGGAGCACUUUCAGAGCCUUGCCGGGUCACAGAUCGAUCUCUACGAGUCGCUCAAGUCGCUCGCCUGGAAGAUUGUGAUGCGGACGUUCCUCCUGCUUGACGAGAAGGAGAGUCUGUUUGGAGAGAUUCAAAAGCUCCAGGAGGAUCUACUCAGGGGACAGUUCAGCCUCUUCCCUGUGUCCGUCAAUCUAGGGCUCUGGCAGUCCCCUCGUAGUAGAGGCAUUGCCGCCAGGAACAAGCUUCGAGAGCUGAUUUCGAGACGAAUGCAGCCAUUGCUACAAGGUGGCUGCCCCUUUCACGCCAUGUCGGAGAAGGGAUUGACAGCCGAUGAGCAGAACGAGGUUGUCAACCACGUGCUCAUGUUCACCUCGAGCCUGGCUGUCAAAGGCAUCGCCUCUCUUCUCACUGCGUAUCUUCUCAACAUGUUUCUCUACAAAAAGGAUGGCGUGCGGCUGCUGGACAACAUCCAAGCCCUCCAAGGCGACGAACUAGCCGCGAUGCUGCGCAGCAUCGCGCGCGAGACGGAGCGGCUGAGUCCGCCUAUCGUGGGCAUCAUGCGCAGAGUGACCCGUGAGAUUGUCGUGCCCUCAGGGAGCACUGAAUCGCCUGACGUCCUCGUUCCGGAGGGCUGGGAUGCAUGGCUCUACUUUGUCGGUGCUGGGCGUGAUCCAGCGGCCUUUGGAGACAAUGCGGCUGCGUUUGUGCCAGACAGGUUUGUAGAUGCCACGCAGGACAAAGCAUCGGGACUUGCAUUCUCCGCGCACGGCAAGGCGUGCUUGGGUCAGGACUUUGUUCGAGAAAUAUGUAUAGGCGUAAUAGAGGCCAUGCUGGACAGUGGUUUUAGCUUAGAUGGCGAUAUCACGGCCAAGGGGGUGAGAGACUGGCUUGGAUGGGAGGCGGGAGCUGGUGGUGAGGGUGAGGCUGCCCCGGAGGAUUGGGCGAGGGACAUGAAGCAGCUGCCUACCCAGCGGCCUGCAAAGCCAGUUGUAGUGACUGUUUGUGGCGGCGAGCCUCAUUAGACAUAUUUAUGUACGGAAUGGAGAAAAUAGUGCCUCCUGGACCGCAGAUGUUGGGGCUGUGGCUUCUGAGGCUUCAGCAUGAAGACGUAGCAGGAUAGCAAACGCAUUCCUGGAAGAAUACAUGCUAUUCUCUGCAGUCUUAUGCAGUCUGCAGCUAGCAAGAUACGCCAGAUUUGUCAUGUGACUCUGGAGGGGCGACUUAACAUAAAACCUCA